AGAUAAAGUUGGCCGUGGUCACCCCUCUGGAAUGAAUUUUCAUAUCUUAAUUUCUAAUAUUUUCCUUUUAUUUCAUUUAUUGUAAUUAAUCCGGUUUAUGCUUUGAUAAUAAUGUGAGAGUUAUAUAACAUUUUAAAGUAUUGAGAUGAAAAUGUUUUAAAAAUAUUCCUCACUGAAAUAAACAGUUAUAUGUGGAGUAGAGGUUUUGUAGAGGUUAUGUACGAUGCUCGGCUAUUAUCAUAACAAAAUAUUGUUGUGUGUUUUAUGACAUUCUUAUCAAUUAAAUCAAGCGACAUACCACUAAUAGGAUAAUGAUUGCGGGGUCGAAGAAGAGAGUCAAGCCAAAUUAUCCACUCAGUUCUUGUCUGGUUAGCUAUUGAACUUGAAGCAAGGUUCUGAAGACCUAACCCGGUUACACCAUGAGCAGAAGUACGGACCAGAGACUAGUGCUAGGCCUUGACAUUGGCACGACCUCGGUGAAGGUGUGUCUUGUUGAGGCAAACGGAGGUGGAGGUACAGUGUUGGCGAGACAGGCCAAAGACACGCAGGCGGGUGUGCCCAGUGAACUGGGUUGUGAGGGCAACAAGCAGAAUGUGCCCAAGAUCAUGUCGGCACUGCACAUUUGUGUGUCGAGGUUGCCCAGGGAGCUGUUGAGACAGGUAGUUAGCAUAGGAGUGAGCGGACAAAUGCACGGUGUGAUGCUAUGGAGAUACGGUGAGACGGUUGAAGUUGGUGAUUCAUCGUCAUCGUCCCGUCCCUGGUCGCGGAUCGACUGCGAUUCGUCGCGUUACGACGUGGUGGCCGGCUGCGUGUCGUCGCUCUACACUUGGCAGGACUCACGGUGUGAUCCGGCCUUCCUCGCCGAACUGCCUCGGCCGGCCUCCUACCUGCGUGCCUACUCGGGCUACGGCUGUAACACACUGUUCUGGCUUGCCAAAAACAGGCCUGAAAAACUGAAGCGCUUCAACUGCGCAGGUACAAUUCAGGACUUCUGUGUGGCAAUGCUGUGUAAUCUGAGUCGUCCUAUCAUGUCCGUCCAGAACGCAGCCAGUUGGGGCUACUUUGACCCAGUUGCGGGGCAGUGGAACACUGAGCUGCUACAAGAGGCCUCGUUUCCGGUCGACCUACUUCCCACUGUGGUUGACUCUGGUACUCUGGCCGGGUGUCUCGCCGAACCCUGGCAUUGUAUUCCGGCCGGAACACCUAUAGGUGUGGCAAUGGGUGACCUCCAAUGCUCGGUGCUAUCUACGCUGCGGAAUUCCGACGAUGCCGUCCUAAAUAUAUCGACUUCUGCUCAGCUUGCAUUUAUCGCCAACAAUUUCCAUCCAAAAAUGGCAGACGAUAAUUGGCCCGUAGAGUACUUUCCGUAUUUUGGAGGUGAGACGCUGGCUGUAGCGGCUUCGUUGAAUGGGGGCAAUGCUCUUGCUACAUUCAUAUCCAUGCUACAGCAGUGGACUCUAGAUCUUGGGUUUCACUUGCCUCAAGGCAACCUAUGGUCUCGUGUGAUGGAGUUGGCGGGUGAUGACGCAGCCGAAUCGGAGCUGUGCGUUGUGCCGACGCUGCUUGGUGAGCGGCAUGCACCCCAACAGAAUGCGUCCAUCUGCAACAUAGAUCCCGGCAAUCUGUCGCUUGGCAAAGUGUUCAAAUCUAUCUGUCGCGGCAUUAUCACCAAUCUGCACAGUGUGAUGCCUCGUGAAAUGCUACUGGAUGCUAACAUUUCGCGCAUACUGGGCAUAGGAUCUGCGUUGACGAGAAACAAAGUGCUACAGGAAGAGGUGCGUCUCUGCUAUCAGCUGCCUGUUGUCUUCAUUCCGGGCGGAGACGCUGCUUGGGGAGCUGCCUUGGCUGUCGCUUCAUUAGCACCACCCAGCUGAACUGGUUCGAACCGGUUUUAACAUCAGGUAUCAACUGGUUUCAACAUCAGUAACUACUAGGCUAUGAUCAUUCCGUAUAUUGAGUCUCAAAUCAGGUAAAGUAAAUCCGUAUGGCUUUUGUUGGUGAGAUCCCACCAACCGGUUUCAACAUCAGGUUUGAACUGGUUUCUACAUCAUUAACCCACUAUGAUCAUUCCAUAUAAUAUUGAGCUUCAAAUCAGGUAAAGUAAAUCCGUAUGG